AUGGACAAAUCUGACUCACAACCGAAGCCAACCAAUCAAAAUGCAGAUCACAUCCCCUCCUCCUCAUUCCACCGCCGAUCUCGUUCCGACGACAUGUCAAUGUUCAUGUUCACCGAUCCACUCAUCUCCUCCUCCGUCGCACCACCUUCUUCCGACGACCUUCCUUCAGACGACGAUCUCUUCUCUUCCUUCAUCGACGUCGACAGCCUCUCCUCCAAUCCGAAUCCAAAUCCGUCAAUCUCAUUUCCAGAUCCCAUUCCUCCUUCUUCGUCUCGUCCACGUCACCGUCACAGCAAUUCCGUUGACGCGGGAUGCGCGAUGUACGCGAGUGAUGAGAUCAUGGACGCGAAGAAAGCUAUGCCUCCUGAAAAGUUAUCUGAGCUUUGGAACAUUGAUCCUAAACGCGCCAAAAGGAUCUUAGCGAAUAGGCAAUCAGCAGCACGUUCGAAGGAGAGGAAAGCAAGAUAUAUUCAGGAACUUGAGCGUAGAGUUCAAUCUCUUCAAACAGAAGCCACUACUCUCUCUGCUCAGCUCACUCUCUACCAGAGAGAUACAAAUGGAUUGGCGAACGAGAAUACAGAGCUGAAAAUGAGACUACAAGCAAUGGAGCAACAAGCUCACCUUCGUAAUGCUUUAAAUGAAGCAUUGAGAAAAGAAGUGGAGAGGAUGAAGAUGGAGACGGGAGAGAUCUCUGGUAAUUCAGAUUCGUAUGAUAUGGGAAUGCAGCAGGUUCAGUAUUCUCCUUCAACGUUCAUGGCGAUACCACCGUAUAAUCAUGGCUCAAUCAAUGGACAAGAUAUGCAGCAGAUGCGAGGAUUUAAUCAAAGCCGUCCGAUGGAGAUGUCUAAUUCUCAGAGUGUGUUGGAAUUUUUGCAGAAUGGACGGAUGCAAGGACUAGAGAUAAGUAGCAAUAAUAAUAGCUCAAGCUUGGUUAAAUCUGAAGGACCUUCUCUCUCUGCUAGUGAGAGUAGCUCUGCCUAUUGA